AUGGAGGUGAAAUUAUUGGUUGGGGAGGAAUGCAUACACCACAACACAAAAUAUGCCAGCUAUAACGGAGACAAUGGGGAGCUGUAUAGUUGCCAUUUUAGGCAAGUUGCAGUGAAAUAUGAAGCAGGGUCAGGUCUAAAUGGGAGCAUGGAUGCGCCAAUUAAUGUUAUAAAAACAAAUGCUACAAGGCUGGAGAUAAUUCCUACAAAGGAUUUACUGGGGUUACAGCUUUUAUUUUGGUGGGAAUGGUGGGGAUGUGAACGAGUGUUCUCAGAAACUCUAGAAGCAGAUCAAGGAAAAAUCAGAGCUCUAUCAAUUGAAGAAAAUUUGGAGUUGGAGAGGGAGCUUGCCUCCUUGAAUAAGCCUGCUGUGAAGACCAUCAGGACUAUCUAUGGAGACAUUUACGAUUGUGUGGAUCAAUAUAAACAGCCAUCUCUUGACCAUCCCUUGCUUAAAGAUCACAAAAUCCAGGCCGAGCUUUGCUCAGAAUUCAUCAAUGCUAGGGCCAGCAGGCCAUCAGGAAUUUCAUCAGUAUAUAUCGGCUUGGAUGAUGAAUGUCCAUCAGGAACCGUCCCCAUUCGGAGGACAACAAAGGAAGAACUGUUAAGAGCAAAAACCAGUUUCAGAAAACUUUUUCCAAGUUUUUAUCAGGCAAAUGCAGAUGAUAUAAUCAAGCCCAAAGAAUUUUUGGGACGGAAACAAAGUACAGUGUACCAUGGAGGUGCUGGAUACAUUAGUAUCUGCAAUCCUGCAGUCGAACCUGGACAAUUUAGCUCAUCCGUAAUUGCAAUUGAAGGUGGUCCUGCUGAUUCAUUCAGCACAAUCAGGGUUGGAUGGAUGGUAUACAUUGUUGAUGCGUGA